AUGAAACUUGCUUUCACUUUAUUUUUCACGGUUGUCAACAGCUUAGCUGUUAGUGUUAUCAAUACAGACGAUUAUCAGGAGUGGGCAUUAUCAAACCCAAACAAUACUUACGAAAACGUUGUCGAGCCAAUAGAAAGUUGUAACGUUGUAACACUUGAAAGCGUUGACGAGAAUGAAAAUGUAGUUGAUACCUUCCAACUGGAACUUGAUGGCGAUGCUCUCGAAUGGUGGUCUGAACAGACUAACAGUUUGAUACCGGCUAAUGACUCCAACUACACUACAUCAAUAGACCAGACACUGCAACCUCAGCCUACGAGUUUAUCUACUACUGCUGUCUCAGGCGUAAACAGUUCUUUAUUCAAGCGUUUGCCAGCCACUAUUAAGAACUGUGGAUGGUUUUGUGGCUUGAGCUAUCACUGCCGUGGUGCUUUAACAGCCUGUAAGAAUUGUCGUGGCUUUGGUAAGAGAUGGCUUAAACAUUGCGUUUUAUCGUGGUGA